AUGAACGAGACGAACACGGAAGAGGAUUACAUGACUGAGGCGACCAUAUUCGUAAGCAACAAAUGGGACUCCAUCCUAGCGCAAGAAAGGCAAGAAGUAAGAGAGGACACGAUGCAGAAACUCCGGAGGUACUAUCCCCAACUUCGAGACGAGCAGCUCAUUUGUUUGUCUAUCAAUAACCUAACGUUCCAACUAAAAGAAAAAGUGGUCACGCCGGAACUCAAGGAGUUUUUCUCUGGACUCCGAAAACUUAUACCAGCCACGCUAAAAAAUAAAACUUAUUGCAGUUAUAAGUGGCUGUCAAGUCUAUUGAAACGUUCAGUCUAUUCGCUAAAGGUGAAACAGAAUAUCGGCUACAAUGCGAUCGACAACAAAGCGGAAUUGUUCAGCACCGUCCGAAGACGAAUUGAAAUGUUGGAGAAGAAUUCUUUCAUGGUCAUUGAGGACAUGAAGAACGAAGUACGGAAGGAAAUGUCUUAUAUGAAAGAGAGUUUGAUCGUUUAUCUGAAAAAAGACACGGUGACGCGAAAAUUGGAUGAAUGGGCUACCCAUGAUGCCCCACGUUCGAAUGUUUCUCAUUGGCGAGAACUGGGGCAAAUCGCAAUUGACAUAGUCGGAGCUCGUAUCGUCUCCAUCGUUAACGAAUGGGAAAUGGAGUACAAUAUUAUCACCGGACUGAAGACACGGAUGGUGGGCAAAUUCAAGCACAAAUUUGAAAACAUGGAGAUGCAAAUACACAAAAUUGAAAACAUGUUAUCUGGUGAUAAAGGAAAAGUGGUCAAUCAGUUACAACAAUCCUUCAAGAGCCCACUCAAACCAAAAGGAAUUUUAAAUGUCCUCAACAGGGUCAAUUCGUGCGAUAUCUCGACCGCUACGCUCAGCAUUGGUCAUUCAAUCAGUUCUUUGGGGCACGUUGACAUCGAAAAGAAAGACAUAAAGAAGAAACUCAAAUCCUAUAUGACCAGUUCAAAGGUUCGACCACGAGAGCUUAUGACUGAAGUUGCCAAACAAUAUCUAAAGAAUUUGAUAGAGAACCCACGCCUGACGGAAGUGCUGGCAAAGUUUUUCCGAGGAAUUUUGCGCAGUAUUGAUGCCGUUGGUGUCAUGAUCCCCGAAUUACUCAAAGCUGAUCUCACCUUGCUGAAUAACUUGGAGCGAGACUUUCUGAAAACAGAAUGCAAAUUCACCGAGAAAAUGCCUGGGUUAAUCGCCGAAUGCUAUGACAUACAAGGGAAAUUGGACAUGUUCUACGUAAAAGAACUGUUGGUUCCGGAUAUCGAUCUCAAAUCGAUCAUUUUAAAUCCACUUGAUCCUCCGUUGGGAAAAGGCAGUUUUGCUACAGUGUUUGCCUGUCAUCUGCGCACUCCUGAUGGCGAUCGACAGGUCGCCAUGAAAGCCUGGAGCGAAGAACUCAGUCCAAACAAUGUAUCAGACACUUUACUGGAAGAUAGUAUACUGAAAGAAAUCAAACAUCGUAAUAUCGUUGAAUAUUACGGCUGUUCCUACCGUCGCCUUCGUGAUGGAGCUUUGCAAUGGUUGAUGAUCAUGGAAUAUUGUCAUUCGACAUUAAAGAACGUCUUUCUGAGCGAAAACAACAAGAACGAGGUGAACCCAUCCAAGUUUGGCAAAAACCAGGGCAAGCAAAAUGAGGUCAUAAAGAGCUUGUCUUAUUAUGCUGUUCAAGUGUGUGAAGGUUUGGCCUACCUCCACGGAAAAAACCUCGUUCACAGAGACUUAAAGAUGGAGAAUGUUUUAAUAGCCGAAGGAGAUGUGGUGAAACUGACUGAUGUUGGACUGGCCAAACCAGUGCAAGAUAUUUCUGGAUCAAUUGCUGGCUCACCUUGUUAUAUGGCACCGGAGAUUUUCCGACGUGAGGUCAUCUACGGAAAGGAAGCGGACAUCUACAGUUUGGCCAUCAUGCUCUGGGAAAUGUGGUACGGACAGGAUGUGGCUGCCCAUAUUAGUCCUAUGAUUCAGAGGGGUAUAGAGGAUUCGGUCAUUAAUGGUCUUCGGCCCUCACUGACCCUUUCUUCAGUGCCACCAGCGAAUUUCAAGAACCUUCUCACGUCCUGUUGGGAUGCUGAACCAAACAAAAGAUGGAAAAUCGAAGAAUGUUCAGAAUUCUUCAAGAGAUGGAUUCUUCAGUUGGGAAAUCAAUCUCUCUCUCUCUCUCUCUCUCUCUCUCUCUCUCUCUCUCUCUCUCUCUCUCUUCCCCCUCUCUUUCUCUUUCCCCCUCUCUCUCUUUCUCUUUCCCCCCUCUCUCUCUCUUUCUCUCCACCCCCUCUCUCUCUCUCUCUCUCUCUCUCUCUCUCAACAGAGUUUUAG